UCAGAUCAUAUUUUUGAUCAACAAAGUGACAAUAAAAUGAUUUUUGAUAGAAUGGCCAAACAAAUUGUUCACUCAAGUAUACAAGGUUUUAAUGGUACUAUUUUUGCCUAUGGACAGACGUCUUCAGGUAAAACCUAUACCAUGAUGGGGGAUACGGAGAACCCUGGUGUUAUACUUUUGGCAUUUAAGGAAAUAUUUAAACAAAUUGAACAAAUUACUGAUCGUAAAUUCUUAAUUCGUGUUGGUUAUAUUGAAAUUUAUAAUGAAAAGAUCUAUGAUUUACUUGAUAAGAAGAACACAGAUCUGAAAAUACAUGAAACACCAUCCGGUAUGAUAAAUGUUACUUGCAAGGAAGCUUAUAUAACAUCUGAGAAAGAACUUUUGUAUCAUUUUGUUACUGGUAAUAAGGAACGGACAACUGGUGAAACAAAUAUGAAUGAACGAUCUAGCCGUUCGCAUGCUAUAUUCAGGAUCGUAAGU